CCAUCCGCCGUCUGGUGGGCGGUGUUCAAAAUGGUUCAGCGCUUGACCUAUCGCCGUAGGUUAUCCUACAACACAGCUUCCAACAAGACUAGACUGUCCCGAACACCUGGGAACAGGAUUGUUUACCUUUACACCAAGAAAGUGGGGAAGGCACCAAAGUCAGCAUGUGGUAUUUGCCCAGGAAGACUUCGUGGUGUUCGUGCUGUGCGUCCUAAAGUUCUUAUGAGGUUGUCAAAAACAAAGAAGCAUGUUAGCAGAGCCUAUGGUGGUUCCAUGUGUGCUAAGUGUGUCCGUGACCGGGACCAAGACUUGGAAGACUCUUGUCUGAUGUUACUGUAAUAAAAGAGCGUAAGCAUGAAGGCACAUAAGCAGUGAUGCAUAUGAUUUUAUCUCUUGGGUUUGAACUAGUUGGUGCAUGCAACUUCUUUGUAGAGUCAUUGUUCAUAAUUUCUUACUGUACUUUUGCUUUGGUGCUAAACUCUGCUCAUUCUACAUUUUUGGUUUUCAUAGUGAGUCCCCAGUGUAAAGAUUUUUUCUCUUUUGUCCUAUUCUUUUAUCUUGUCCAAAGAUACUAGUGUAAGAUCAUCUGUCUCUGUGGUAUUUUGGUAUUAAAAGGUAAUAAAUGGUUGCGUGUUAGGCGUCUUUAAAUGCCCAAGCUUUACCAUAGCCUUUGCUGGGCCUGACUGAAUUCAGUUUUGUUG